CUAAAGCUCCAGAGACAGGACCGUGUGCGGCGGCGGCGGCGUUAGUAGGAGCCGCCACCUCCAGGACUACCGCAACCGGGGCGGCAGCGGCGCGGGCGGAGGCGAGGGCGGGAGUGACCAGCGCAGGCGGCGGGGGUCUGGGAAAGACGAAGUCGCUCGUGGCUGUUGGAAGCGCACUCGUCGCCCGUGAAGUGUUGCCGCUUCGCAGUUCCUCCGCUCUGCUCUCCUAGAACGGGCAGCUGCCUCCAGGUGACACAGACGGGAUUCCCGCUUGCGCUUUCCAGAUGCAUCAGAGAUACUUUUGGACUGAGCAGGGCCAAGUGGCGCUCGGCGGGCACUUCAUGGCAGACGGCGAGGGGUACUUUGCCAUGGCCGAGGACGAGCUAGCCAGCGGCUCCUACAUCCCUCUGGGCGGCGACUUCAGCAGCAGAGACUUUGGCGGCGGCGGCGGCUUCGAUGGACCCUGUUUGGACUAUUGCGAAAGCCCCACGGCGCACUGCAACGUGCUGAACUGGGAGCAAGUGCAACGACUGGACAGCAUCCUGAGUGAGACCAUCCCGAUCCACGGGCGCGGCAACUUCCCCACGCUGGAGUUGCAGCCCAGCCUGAUCGUGAAGGUGGUGCGGCGGCGCCUGGCGGAGAAGCGCAUCGGCGUCCGCGACGUGCGCCUCAACGGCUCGGCCGCCAGCCACGUCCUGCACCAGGACAGCGGCCUUGGCUAUAAGGACCUGGACCUCAUCUUCUGCGCCGACCUGCGGGGGGAAGAGGAGUUUCAGACUGUGAAGGACGUCGUGCUGGACUGUCUGUUGGACUUCUUACCCGAAGGGGUGAAUAAAGAGAAGAUCACACCACUCACGCUCAAGGAAGCUUAUGUGCAGAAAAUGGUUAAAGUGUGCAAUGACUCUGACCGAUGGAGUCUUAUCUCCCUGUCAAACAACAGUGGCAAAAAUGUGGAACUGAAAUUUGUGGAUUCUCUCCGAAGGCAGUUUGAAUUCAGUGUAGAUUCUUUUCAAAUCAAAUUAGACUCUCUUCUCCUCUUUUAUGAGUGUUCAGAGAACCCAAUGACUGAAACUUUUCAUCCCACUAUAAUUGGUGAGAGUGUCUACGGCGAUUUCCACGAAGCUUUCGAUCACCUGUGUAACAAGAUCAUUGCCACCAGAAACCCGGAGGAAAUCAGAGGGGGAGGCCUACUUAAAUACUGCAACCUCUUAGUGAGGGGCUUUAGGCCAGCCUCUGAUGAGAUCAAGACCCUUCAGAGAUAUAUGUGUUCGAGGUUUUUCAUCGACUUCUCAGACAUUGGAGAGCAGCAGAGAAAACUGGAGUCCUAUUUGCAGAACCAUUUUGUGGGAUUGGAAGACCGCAAGUAUGACUAUCUCAUGACCCUUCACGGAGUGGUAAAUGAGAGUACGGUGUGCCUGAUGGGACAUGAAAGAAGACAGACUUUAAACCUUAUCACAAUGCUGGCUAUCCGGGUGCUAGCUGACCAAAAUGUCAUCCCUAAUGUGGCCAAUGUCACUUGCUAUUACCAGCCGGCCCCCUAUGUAGCAGAUGCCAACUUUAGCAAUUAUUACAUUGCACAGGUUCAGCCAGUAUUCACAUGCCAGCAACAGACGUACUCCACUUGGCUACCCUGUAAUUGAGGAUCAUUUAAAAAGGCCCAGUGAGGAAGCCAUUUCAGCAAGAUAGGGGGAAAAAAGAAAACAAACAAACAAAAAAGAGUGACCCAGCCCUGGUUAGGGAUGUAUUUUGUGCAAUGAUGAUCUGCUCCUGAUUUUAAGGUUGGCAAAAGUUGUGGAUUUUUUUAAUAGGUAUGGGAGUAUGAUCUAGAAAUAACUGCCCCCUCCUUCCCCAAACCUUCCCACAUCGGCAUCUUACCCAAUUGGAUUCUAUCUUGGAAUACAAGAGAACUGUCAUUAAAAGCAACCAGGUUCUCUGAAAAUAACAAGGGAAAAAUGAUGACAAUAUGGGUUUGCAGUCAGUACCUGCUCCCAUAGCUUUGCCAUAGAGGGGGUGAAAAACGGGAAGUUUCUUUUAGGAUGUAAUUCACAAAAGGGAAAAUACAGAAAAAAGUUCUCACUCUGAGUAAUUUAUAAAUUCAGGAGUUCAGAUAGUAACAAUACAGGAAGAAGGGGAACUCCAACACUGAGAUCUCUGGGGCUUAUAGCAAGUUCUUUCUGUGGAAUGAUGCUAUUUAGCUAACAGAAACAGCUUGCUCCAAAUAAACAGUAGUAUGUUGGUGCAGUUCUCAUAACAGCAGAAUAUAUGAUGACACAAUCCAUUAUUUCCAGCUGUGCGCAUAGCUCACAUUUUUAAAACGUGAAAGUGCAAGCAGAAACAGCUGUAGCAAAGAAAGUACGCUCAAGGACCAAAGAUUUAACAGAUAAAAAUACCCAAGUAGAAGAGAUAGAAUAGAAUAUAUGAAGAGUUACUAUAUUUGUUACACACCAAUAUACAUCAAAGUGCCUGUUAACUUCUGAAAAUUUGAAGUGGAAAAAAAUUAUUUUAUGGUUUAAUGAUUAUCAGGGACUCAAGAAAAAACAUAAGCUUGUGAAUGGUGGAGGAAAUGCCCUAUUUUUUUUCUUGGCAUAAAGUUUUUCUUGUAUAAAGUUAACAUUGUUGGUGUGACAUUAUCAUAGGUACAUGUGUACGUGUGUGUCUAUUAUGUGUGUGUGUAUAUAUAUGUAUUUAGGAUAUGUAUAUAUACACACAGUAGAUGGACUAUGGUCUAGAAUAAUGUAGCAAAUAGGAGAUGUUUAAAUACUGUGUGCUUUUAUGUUUUCAACAGGAUGACAUGAGACGUGGGCAUAUUGCAGUGAUGAAUUAAAACCCACAUCUAAAAAAUUAAAGCAAAUGAAGGAAGGAAACAAGUAAUAUAUUUGAUAGGAAGAACAGAGAUUAUAUGUUUUUAGUGAGGUUCUCCCCCCACCCUUUUUUUUUUUUUUUUUUUGUGAGCCAUAGACUUUCACAAGUGGGAGAAUAUUUGUUUGGCAGAGCACUCUUUUUUAUACUGAACUGUCAUUUUGACAGGUUGAACCUUUAUUUUUUCUUUUAAAUACUUGCAUAUUUCCAUGGUGUAUAAUCCAGUGGAUCAUAGAUCAGUGAUAGGCUAUUUAAAUCCCUAACUGCUAAAAAUUAUUUUUUUCUGGUGAUCUAAACACUACUUACUAUUUAAAUGAAUUUUUAAAUAAAUGCAUUCUGCAUUCCAGGACCACUAGAAUUUAAAAAAUGUGAAAUGACCCUUUUUAAAGAGUAUUUGCACAAUUGCUUAAAAUUUAUAUGUGAAAUAUAUAUUAUAUAUAAAAUUUUAUAAAUUCAUGCCAAGAUGAAAUGUCUUUGAUCUGGUUGUCACACUGCAUUUAAAUAUUUAGUACUGUACUUUAAAGUAAAUCACUUUGUAUUAAAAUAAAUCCAACUUUAUUUUCUUUCUUU